AUAGGGCCACAACUUGCAGAAAAUAUACCACCAUCAGAUUUCGACCCCUUACAUCAUGUGAUUCCUGGAGCAAAUGCUUUCGAAUUUAAGAACAUUACGAGGGCAGAAUUGGUGAGCGUGUUAAAGAAGGUUAAAGCAUCUAAGGCACCAGGCCGCAUUGAUAAGAUUUCUAGUAAAUUACUUAAAGGAGCAGGGGACUCCAUAAUUGAAUCACUCAUGUACUUAUUUAAUCUUGUCUUGAACACUGGUAUUUUUCCAGAUGAUAUGAGACUUGCAAAAGUUACUCCUAUCUAUAAAUCUGGAGAAAGGACCAACUGUGGAUUAUAUAGACCUAUUUCUAUAAUAUCAGUUGUUGCAAAAAUCUUGGAGAAGACUAUUUAUAUAUCAUCAAAUAUUUGA